AUGAAAGAAGCUGAGAAGCCACGUGCAGAGGACAAAUUUUGCUGCAUUUCCAAGCUGAAGGUAUUUCUGCUGGCGUUAUCACUUGCAUUUGUGGGUAAAACAAUGGAUGCUGCUUACAUGAACAGCAUGUACACACAGAUAGAGAAACAAUUUAAUAUUCCAGCCUCUUUAGUGGGGAUCAUUAAUGGAAGCUUUGAAAUUGGCAACCUGCUGCUGAUAGCAUUUGUGAGUUACUUUGGAGCAAAACUGCACAGACCCAGAAUAAUUGCUUUGGGCUGCGUAAUUCAUUCAUUUGGAUGUCUUUUGAUAUCAAUUCCACAUUUCCUAUUUGGAAGGCAUCAUAUUGAAAGCAGUAUUUCAUCAUUGGAAAAUGUUUCAGUUAUGCCUCUAUGCCUUGUUAAUCAAAGCUUAUUCUCUUUACCUACCGAGGAACCAUCAACAGAAUGUGAAAAAGAGCCUGGGUCCUUGCUGUGGGUAUUUGUGAUGGUUGGAAACAUAGUACGAGGAAUGGGUGAAACUCCCAUCAUGCCUUUAGGCAUUUCAUAUUUGGAGGACUUUGCCAAAGCAGAGAAUUCACCUUUCUACCUGGGAUGUCUACAUACAGCAACUGUAAUUGGCCCCUUCCUUGGUUUCUUGUUGGCAUCAUUCUGUACAGAACUGUUUGUUGAUCUGGGAUCAGUAGAUGCAGAAGAUGUAAUUAUAACAACUACGGAUGCCCGCUGGGUCGGAGCGUGGUGGCUGGGCGUUUUGAUUUGUGCAUCAGUGAAUCUUCUCUCAGGAAUACCUUUUUGGUUUUUGCCUAAGUCACUUGUAAAGGAAGGAGAAACUGAUGAACCUGAGGAGAUGAAUGAAAAAAGCGUAAUACAAUUGGAAGAAAAUGAUAAAAAUGAAGCCAAACAGACCAUGUAUGAAAUUGCUAAAGAUUUUAUCCCGUUCCUCAAGGCUCUGUUUCACAACCCAGUUUAUAUGUUAUUUAUAUUCAUAACUGUGUUACAGUUCAGUGCCUUCGAUGGCAUGAUAUCCUUCAUGCCCAAAUAUUUGGAACAGCAGUUUGGAAAAUCUGCAUCGGAUGCCAUCUUUUUAAUUGGUGUUUACAACUUACCAGUUGUAUGCGUUGGGUAUUUUUUUGGAGGCUUAUUCAUGAAGAAAUUCAAGAUAAAUAUCUAUCAGGCUGCGAACAUAGCAUUUUGGGUAUCUUUACUGGAGUAUCUUCUCUACUUUGCUGCCUAUUGGACUGUCUGUGACACUUCACCAGUUGCUGGCCUAACAGUUUCCUAUGAAGGAAUAGAGCAAGUUUCAUAUGCAGAAAAUACUCUGCUUGCUGGCUGCAACAGAGAUUGUGAUUGCCCGCUUAAAAUAUGGGACCCUGUUUGUGGGAACAAUGGAAUCACAUAUGUUUCACCUUGUCUUGCUGGGUGUAAAUCCUCAAGAGGAACUGGAAAAAAUGUGGUAUUUGAAAACUGCACUUGUAUUGCAGCCUCAGGGUUUUCAUCUCAAAAUGUCUCUGCAACUCUGGGCCAGUGUGAUGGAGAAGAAAACUGUGGCAAGAUCCUUCAUUAUUUUUUAAUAUUGUCUUUGGUCUGCAGCUUCAUUUUUUCCUUAGCAGCCAUGCCUGGGUACAUGGUCUUAAUAAGGUCUCUAAAGCCUGAAGAAAAGUCAUUUGGAGUGGGUAUCCAUGAACUAGCUUCAAGAGUGUUUGCUGGAAUUCCAUCUCCCAUUUAUUUUGGAGCUUUGAUAGAUACCACUUGCUUGAAGUGGGGUACUAUGACUUGUGGUGGAGAAGGAGCAUGUAGGAUGUAUGACAUUGUCACAUACAGGUGGCUCUAUCUUGGCCUGCCAGCGGUGUUACGUGGAGUGUCCUAUAUCCCAAGUGCACUAAUUCUCCUUAUUUUAAAGAAGAAGCUUAAAUCUGAAAGUCAAGUCCCACUAAAUGCACCAGUAGAAAUGCAGGAUAAAGAACAAGAAGCAUUGAAAUAG